CAUGAGGUUUUUAGACGUGGGGGCACAGAGGACAGGAAACAAUUUUUUUCUUUGUAUUUUGUUGAUGAAGUCUGAAGACAUAAUUCUAGUUCUAAAGGUGCAAGGAAAUGAUCCAUAGCUUCCUCUGCUCCAUACCGGCUGAAGGAGCAUGCCUCAGUCUCUUCCUUUUGUCUUCUGAAAAUAAAAGGAGGCAAAGGGUGUUGGAGUGGAGGAUUUUCUAGGGGUUAAACUCGGGUGCUUAAGAACCUCUGCGAAUUCUGCAGCUUUUUCUUAAGUAGCUCCUGUAAAACAGAUGUUCUCCAAAAUAAGAGGGCUAGAGCAGAGAGGCUGUCGGGCCCGACCUGGGGUAGAGCGCAGGUGGGGGCAGCCGCCUAAACCAGAGCCUGCAUUCUGCAGGUGCAGGGAUUGUGAUCUCGCACCGCCCCGGCUCCUGAGAGGGCGGGAACCGCGGCGUUGCAGAGUGUAGAAUUUAAUCUCUAAAACAGAUCCCUAAUAUAUUCCAAACAGCAGGCGCCAAUCCAGCCGGGCGUUUACACCUGGCUCGGGGGACGGGAAAUAGCAUUUGUAGGAACCGCAGGGAGCAGAAGAGCCCCUCGUUUAGGACGCCAGAGGGCUGGUCCGAUUUGGCUCGGUUUGAUUGCUUUCCCGUGAUUGCUUUUUCAACUUGUCGGUCAUCCCAGUGCGCUAUUUCGAUUGGCUGUACCGUCUGUCACUCGGUUCCGCCGCGCUGACCCCCAUUGGGCCCCCUCCGGCCGAGGCCCCGCCCCACGAGCUGGGCACCAGCAUUGGGGCAUUGAAGAGAGAGAGCGCGGCGCUUGCUCUGGGUUGGGGGAGGCGGUGACGGGGAAGGAGGAGGAGAAGGAGGAGCGGGGCCAGCAGGAGUCAGCGGCGGCGACCCGGCUGGGGUGAUGGUGCAGGUGCCCGGGGUCGGCGCGGAGCUGCCGGGUUGAGGGGCGCCUGGUCCAGGGUCCGCAGAGCCGCCGCGUCUCCCGGGGGCGGGCGGGCGGGAAGAUGCUGAGCAGGUUGAUGAGCGGCAGCAGCAGGAGCCUGGAGCGCGAGUACAGCUGCACUGUGCGGCUGCUGGACGACAGCGAGUACACCUGCACCAUCCAGAGAGAUGCCAAAGGCCAGUACCUGUUUGACCUUCUUUGCCACCACCUGAACCUACUUGAGAAAGACUAUUUUGGGAUCCGCUUUGUAGACCCAGAUAAGCAGCGGCAUUGGUUGGAGUUUACAAAGUCUGUGGUGAAGCAAUUGAGAUCCCAGCCUCCAUUCACCAUGUGUUUCCGUGUGAAGUUUUACCCUGCAGACCCCGCUGCCCUGAAAGAAGAAAUAACUAGGUAUUUAGUCUUCCUACAGAUCAAAAGGGAUCUCUACCAUGGCCGCCUCCUCUGCAAAACUUCAGAUGCCGCCUUGUUAGCGGCUUAUAUCCUUCAAGCGGAGAUUGGAGAUUAUGACCCCGGGAAACACCCUGAAGGUUACAGCUCCAAGUUCCAGUUUUUCCCGAAACAUUCAGAGAAGCUGGAAAGGAAAAUUGCUGAGAUUCAUAAGACAGAACUCAGUGGUCAAACACCAGCAACAUCAGAGCUGAACUUUUUAAGAAAAGCACAGACAUUGGAGACAUACGGCGUGGACCCCCAUCCGUGUAAGGAUGUAUCAGGAAAUGCUGCAUUUCUGGCCUUCACUCCUUUUGGGUUUGUUGUUCUGCAAGGAAACAAGAGAGUCCACUUCAUAAAAUGGAAUGAGGUGACCAAGCUGAAAUUUGAAGGAAAGACUUUCUAUUUAUAUGAAAAGAAAAUUAUUCUCACAUAUUUUGCUCCAACUCCAGAAGCCUGCAAGCACCUCUGGAAAUGUGGGAUCGAGAACCAAGCCUUCUACAAGCUGGAGAAGUCGAGCCAAGUCCGCACAGUGUCCAGCAGCAAUUUAUUCUUUAAAGGGAGCCGGUUCCGAUACAGUGGCCGAGUUGCAAAGGAAGUAAUGGAGUCAAGUGCCAAGAUCAAACGGGAGCCACCGGAAAUUCACAGAGCUGGGAUGGUUCCCAGCCGCAGCUGUCCCUCCAUAACCCAUGGCCCAAGGCUGAGCAGCGUCCCCAGGACCCGGAGAAGAGCUGUUCAUAUCUCCAUCAUGGAAGGCCUGGAGUCCCUCCGGGACAGUGCCCACUCCACCCCGGUGCGCUCCUCCUCCCAUGGGGACACCUUCCUGCCUCACGUGAGAAGCAGCCGGGCAGACAGCAAUGAGCGCGUCGCUGUGAUUGCGGACGAGGCCUACAGCCCUGCGGACAGCGUGCUGCCCACGCCUGUGGCAGAGCACAGCCUGGAACUGAUGCUGCUUUCCCGGCAGAUCAAUGGGGCCACCUGCAGCAUCGAGGAGGAGAAGGAGUCUGAGGCCAGCACCCCAACUGCUGCAGAGGUGGAGGCCCUCGGGGCAGAGCUGAGGGCCCUGUGUCAGGGGCACGGCAGGCCAGAGGAGGAACAGGUGAAUAAGUUUGUUUUAAGUGUCCUCCGUUUGCUCCUUGUGACCAUGGGACUCCUCUUUGUUUUGCUCCUCCUCCUCAUCAUCCUUACCGAGUCUGACCUUGACAUUGCCUUUUUCCGCGAUAUCCGCCAGACCCCCGAGUUUGAACAAUUCCACUAUCAAUACUUUUGUCCCCUCAGGCGAUGGUUUGCCUGCAAAAUCCGUUCAGUGGUGAGCCUGCUCAUUGACACCUGAGAAGGCAUGACUCCUCCCAAUAACUAGCCAGGUGGACCCCGGAGCCCGGCUACCCCUUCCCAGCAAUGGGACCCAUCGCGGAACCAUCGGCACAUGUACCAAGUCCUCCUCUCAUGACUCCAAGUCCACAGCCUAGGAGGGUCGUUUCCCAGAAGAAGCAAGGGGAUAGGCUCAUGCCCUGUCUAAACAAACUGGGAAAGCUCAUUUCCUUCAGAGGUUCUUUCAAGAAAGGCUCAGCAACUCUGUUUCUCAUCCUCCCAAUUUCCAGGAUAACUUUUGGUUUUGAAUUUUGAUUUUUCAUAGAUGUGUAUUAUUUUGAAAGUAUCAAAUAAAAAUAAUUUAUUUUACUAUUACGGAUUUUCACAGUAGUGUCACCUAGCAGAUGGGACACUAGCUGAAGACUAGAGAGCUGUCGUCUUCUGGAUCCUGCAGGAGCUUUCCUGCUGGGUUCUAGUACCCUCGUCGCUGCAGCCUCAGCGGGGCAGCCCAGGGGUCUGGACAAUGGGACUAAGUUUUCCUGCUAGACAGAGCUUUUAAGAAAGUAAACACCCAUGGAGAAUGAUUAAAUGGAAAGUUGCUUCUUAUGACGGUCUGAGUUGGAUUUUCUUUUCCUUUUUUUUUUUUUCAAAUCUGAGCAGAGUGGGCAUCUGAAGGGACCACGGCUACAGCAGCAGCAGCAGCAGGGGUGGGGUAAGUCUGUCCCCUUAGACUAGAGCCUAGUGGGUGUCACCAUGAGUUUUGUACAAUGAACUUAGACUUCUGUGAUUUUUUUUCCUAAAGAACUUCAAGACUUUGAUAGUGCUCCAGAGACAUUAGAUGAAUUCAGUGGUACCAGAGAUAGAACUGUCAGAAAUAUUGGACAAAAUAUAGUUAACAGAAACCAGAGCUAAGGUACCUGAGAGACUAUUGAUUCAGAAAGCAGUAAUUAUUUUGUACACACCCCCUCCCAAAAAAAAAAAAAACUAUUUCACUUUAUAUUUUAACAACAAAAUGUUAUUUUCUUAUCAAUUCAUAUUUUGUUUUUACUUUAUGGAUUAAGAAAAUAGAGCCUGAUGAACUAAACGAUGCAAGAAAGAAACUGAUCCUGAGAAUGAAAAACUUCAGAAAGUAGACUUCCAAGAUCAACAAACAGCCUUGGAAGGGACCAGGAAAAGAAUCUCUUUAAAUAGUUCUAAGAGAUGCCUACCAAGGAAGAAGGUGAUCGUGACAGAGACCAACACUUAGAUGUAGAAACACUGCCCCCUAGGGUCAUCCUCUGCAUCAGGAAAAGACAAGUUGUAGGAAAGCACUUGCCAUCCGUGCUGAGGGAAGCCGUGGAUGCAUGCAGAAGUGCAGCAUGUGAAGGGUGAGUGUGGGGUCCGAGGACCGAGCUUGGCAACUCUUUACAAACACUCACACACAAUCUCGUUUUCAUCUCAGGGAGAGCUUUCUAAGUCGUCUGGGGCCUGAGGACUUAUUUAAGGAUGGUCAGCGGACAAAUUCCUGGAAUCUACACAGUGAAGCAGCUGCUGAUACCCUGUGAUGUUGGGCAGCCCCGAAUGCAGAAUGAGUCCCUUUUAGAUUUGCUCUCCCCUAGUUUGUCCCCUGAAAUGGCAGAACCAUGUCUACAUAUGGAAUAAACAGGGUUUUUCAUUGGGGGGGGAGGUGCUUAAUUUUAAAUGCCCUUUCAACUAGACUAGGGGUUUGCAAAUUUCUUCUGUAAAGUGCCAGAUAGUAAACUUUUUUUUGGUUUUGUGGGCCAUACUCUGGCAACUACUCAACUCUGCCACGACAGCACAAAAACAGCCGCAAGUAAUACAUAAAUGAAGGAGCAUGGCUGUGUUCUACUAAAACUUAAGAGACAGUGAGCUGAACUUGGCCCACAGGCCAUAAUUUGCCAACCCUGAUCUACACAAUAAAACUGCCCUUACCAUGAUGUUAGCAGAAAGAGGGUGAGCUCCAAUUCCUGACGCAUGUUAAAAGAUCCAGGAGGCACUGGGAUUGCUUAUUUAAAGGGUGCUCGAACAACCAACCAGCAAAGAGAUGUCUGAUGCCAAGAUGAGCAAGACCAAGUACUGGAAUGAUAAAAACCUGGCCAGAAUCUAAGAAUGGAAGAAGGCCAAUCUGAUCAUUUCCAUACCAGCAACAAUUUUGGCAGAAUUACAAACACCUAUUUACCAAGUGACAAGACAAACUGAGGGAGAUCCUAGUAAAGAUUAGGGAUCACUUAGAAUCAAGUGGCCACUGCCAUUGCCGUCUACACAGGAAAAGCUUUAUUUAGCACAGGACUGAAGUGGAAAGUAGAUUCAGAUGAAAAGGCUGUCAGGAGAUAAGGGGUUGCUUUUAACCUGGAUAUUUACUGUCUUAUGCAACAUAGCAGAUUACCUUUUAGUGUAGUGUUCCUACCUCAGUCUGUAGAAUAUGGUGUUUCUAUGCAGUGAGUGAUAGCCUCAACUCUGACCUUUCAUAUUCACAUUAAAGAAAGAUGCAGUAUUCCAUUUCCCGGUACGUUACUUGUGUCUAGCGUUCCUAACAGUACAACAGUCCAUACCACUUCCAACAGCUGAAUUUUUCUGAGUAGAAACUUUCAGGUUAUUUUUUUCCAGGGCUUACCCCAGAAAAUAGAAAGUUUCCUUCAAUUUGCUUUUCAAAUAGUGCUUGAAUAACAAAUCUUUGUUCGUGACUAGUCUUUUUCAGUAUUUCCCCAUCAUUAAAAAUUGUUCAAGUUUUUAACCUGGUUUUACUGUGUCUCCCAUUUUCUCUCUAAAUUAGUUUGAUCUCAUUGUAGAAAAAGCAAUGGUUUCCACAGCUUCAUCCAUCAGAGGAAAUAAAACUCUUAAUAAAGAAUAGUAUACUGCAUCUUUAAGCAGUAGAGGGUAAACUACCUGCAAAUGUGAAUUUCUUAGUUUCAUUAAAACAUAAUAUAGUUGUUAACCUUUCGUGUGCCAAAAAUUCUAAGUUACAU